AUGUUCAACACAAGUGACCAUUGCGAUAUUCCUGAAGGCAACAAUGUUCAGGGAUGGGUGUUGACAUUUGCUUCGGGUUUGGCUUGUUGUAUGGGUGCCUUAGUGGUAUAUUCCGACAUAUUCUUUCAGAAGUUUUUGCGUACUCCAAAUGUUCACAUAACACAAGAUUCAAGUGUCUUGGUAGCAUCCCUGUCGCUUGGAGCUGAACUCGGAACUCAGUUUUUUUCUAGCUUUCAUACUUUGAUGAACGAAUCUAAACAACAUUUUGAGAAAGCCAAUUAUUCUAGAUCUUACUCUGGACUCUAUAUGAUCGGAUUUUACUUUGUGGGCGUAGUCAGUUCGAUAUUAAUCAAUUGUAUUAUUCACCGGUAUAUACCCGAAGGCUCAGCAUUGCACUCUCAUCAUCAUGAUUCUCCUGAAAGCGGUCACAAAGUGUCUAUGAUGAAGAGCAAUUCGUUAUCAUUACAAGAUGAAGAACGUUCAUCCUUAUUACGUUCAGGUCGACUGACGAAAAUUGGUACUUCACCGUAUGGUGCAUCAGAUGAUGAUGUCACUCGUCUUGAAGACAUACGUGACUUCAAUGGGGAAAAUGGGUCAAAUGAAUGUUCUAUUCUCGUGGAAGAUGAAUCCUAUCAUCAUCACGCUCAGAAUGAUCGUCGAUCUCCUGGAGUAGAUCAAGAAAGAUCGCAGUUGAUGUCCAUAGGUAUUCAGACAGCCUUGGCCAUUUCAAUUCACAAAUUUCCCGAAGGUCUCAUCACUUUUGUCAGCUCAAAAGUAUCGCCAUCACUGGGGAUGGCGUUAUUUCUUGCCAUCGCCCUUCACAAUAUCUCCGAAGGGAUCACGAUGGCUCUCCCACUAUAUAUGGCUACAGGAUCACGAUCAAAAAGUUUUAUAUAUACAAGUUUGUUAGGCGGAUUGAGUCAGCCAUUGGGAGCUCUCGUUGGUUGGUUUUUCCUGAAAGAGUCUGCGUCGGAAUGUUGGAAUCAUGACUUCGUGUACGGAGCUCUGUUCGGAGCUGUUGGUGGCCUGAUGGCCGUUAUAUGCAUUCAGGGAAUGCUACCACCGGCCAUAAGGCAUGAUAAAUCUAAUGGUAGUUUGGUAGGAAACUACUUCUUCCUAGGAGUGAUGAUUAUGGGCCUAAGUUCGGCCUUAUUAAAUCAUGCUCGAAUAUCGAAUCCCCAAUAG